AUGACCUUAGAUUUUCCAUCGUACACAGCAAACACCUCUUAUACGCUGAUGACCUCCAGAUCUAUUUUCACUUCCCCUCACCUCAAUUUUGCCGUGGGAAGAAUUAGCGAGGACAUUGCUGCUAUUGAGCGUUGGGCCACUACCAACGGACUUACCUUCAACGCACGCAAAACUAAGGCACUCCUUCUCGGAAGUGCUCGUUUUGUAAAUUCUAUUCGGGCAAACACCACCAUCUCGCUGAAGUUGAAUGGCGCGCCGAUAGAACUCGUCGACCAAGCGACGAGCCUCGGCGUCCUUCUGUCGGGCGUGCUUAGCUGGAGCGAGCAAGUAAACGCUACCGCUCGUAAGGUCAAUGGUGCCUUAUGGAGACUAAAACUCCAUCAGGGAUGUCUCUCGACCGCUCUGCGCAAUCGGCUUGUGUCCUCGCUGAUUUUUCCCUUAUUUGAUUACUGCUUCGCAGUCUUCACUGACCUGACUGGUCAGCAGAAACUCAAACUCAGGCGCUUGAUAAAUGCGUGCGUGCGCUUUAUCUAUAAUCUGCGGAAGGACGAGCACGUCUCUGACUACUACAACUCCCUGGGAUGGCUGUCCGCUGAUAGCAGAAGGACAUAUCUCGUCGAAUGCCUCCUCUUCUCCAUACUCCGCUCUGGAGUCUCUGCCUACCUCGCCUGCGAUUUCCGACCUGGCGCCAGACCUCGCGCCGCCUCACGUGCAUCACCUCACGAUCUUGCGAUUCCUACAGAACUACCAUCUACCAAUCCUUCCUCUGUGUAG